UGUGCCUUCUAAAAUUACUCUUUCCUCUUCUUCAUCAUCCAUUACCAACCAGCAUCUCCAACCACUCCACAAUCCUACUAUACUCUACAAUCUUCUCUUCAUAUAAACAUAUAUAUAUAUAAUUUUAAUUUUAUAUAUUUAUAUUUAGGCGCAUUAUAUUGUAUUGUACAUGUAUAUAGAAGACAUAUAGAUACAUGUGUAGUGGAAAUGAUGAGUACUGAAUCAUUACCUGAUUCUCCGGUUUCGGUUGUGAAUUGCGGCGGAGGCGGCGAGGUUUCCGGGCCGGAGAGUAAGAAGAUGAAGAGGAUUAGGGAUAGCAGCAAGCAUCCGGUGUACCGGGGGGUUAGGAUGCGGAGUUGGGGGAAAUGGGUGUCGGAAAUCAGAGAGCCGAGGAAGAAAUCGCGCAUUUGGCUCGGGACUUUUCCGACGCCGGAAAUGGCGGCGCGUGCGCACGACGUGGCGGCGCUGAGCAUAAAAGGGAGCUCGGCGAUACUGAAUUUCCCUGACCUAGCGGGGAUUUUGCCCCGACCCGACUCGCUGAGCCCUCGCGACAUUCAGAGCGCGGCUGCGAAGGCGGCGGCGAUGGAGAAAUUCGACUUGCCGUCGCCGUCCUCGCACUCAUCCUCGUCAUCGUCGUCGUCGCUGUCGUCGCUCGUGUCGGCGAUCGACCUCGCGACGUCGGAGGAGCUGAGCGAGAUCGUCGAGCUGCCGAGCCUCGACACCAGCUUCGACUCGCUCGGCUUAGGCGGCGAGAUCGUCUACGUUGACUCCGUCGAAGAGUGGCUGUAUCCGCCGCCGUGGCUCGGCGGCGCCGCGGACGACGGCGGCGGCGGACCAGGGAUUAUCUCCAGCAGCUUCGAGUCUUCGUUGUGGGAUUAUUAAUGGCAGCCAUUAAUCUUCCUGUGUGAGAUUUUUUUUUCCUUUUUCUUUUUCUUUUGUAUUUAUGUUUUCUUUUUAGCCCUUUGAAUUUUAGUCUGUAGGGUUCUAAAAAAUCCCUCAUUUCGAUUUCUUACCCCCAACUUUUUUCUCUUUUAGUUCGUGUAAUAAUCUCUUUAAUGAGUCCUUACUGUACAGUGUUGGGAAGGGAUCAACAAAUUUCAUAAAUGCCUUCCAAUGCUUUGCUGUAUAAAUCUCUCUCUUUCUCUCUCUAGCUCUCUCUCAAGUUGAAAUGUCCAUUUUGUGUAUUUUUAUUUUAAUUUUUAUCGUCAACAUUGCAAUAA